UGAGCAGAGAAUGAUCUUGUUCUGGAUACUCAUGUGGUCAGUGUUAGGUGUGAGUAGGUCAAAACCUGCAUCGCCUCAUAUACUAUUUAUAGUAACAGAUGACUUGGGAUGGAACGAUGUAGGCUUCCACAACCCGGAUAUAAUAAGCCCAAAUAUAGACGCUCUAGCUAGGAAAGGAACCAUCCUAAACAACAGCUAUGUCCAACCUCUUUGUUCACCUUCCCGAGCAGCAAUCAUGACAGGCGUGUUUCCCUAUCGUUACGGCCUGUCGCAUAUGGUCAUAACUGACCGGCAGGACGUGUGUGUACCGACCAAUAUGACCAUGUUCCCAAAGAUCCUCAAAGCACACGGCUACUCAACACACAUGAUUGGAAAGUGGCAUAUGGGAUUCUGUAAAUGGGAUUGUACACCAACCUACCGAGGGUUCGACACCUUCUACGGUUUUUACAGCCCUGCAAUAGACUACUACACCAAACAAAUAGACAACGGGUUUGACUUUCGAGAUAAUGAAAACGUGGACAAAGCAGUGGUUGGUGGCUACAUGACAGAUCAGCUUGCCGAUCGUGUGAAUAAAAUUAUCAAUGAAAAUAAUCCGGAUAAUCCUCUCUUCAUGUUUAUAGCUUUCAACAGCGUCCACGAUCCUCUACAGGUGCCUCAGCCUUACCUAGAUAAAUACCCUAACAUUCGAGACAAAAACAGACGGUUUAUAUCAGGAAUGGUGACGUCACUAGAUGAUAAUAUUGGUCGGAUUACAAAAACCUUGAAGGACAAGGGAAUGUUUAAUGAUACAAUCAUCGUGUUUACCUCAGACAACGGCGGCUGGACGUACUUCGGCGGCAACAACUGGCCCCUCAGAGGGGGCAAGCUGACCAUCUUUGAGGGCGGCACCAGAGUGCCCGCGUUUGUCCAUGCUCCGAUGUUAAAGGAAGGAAAGGGGAAAAUUUAUAACGGAAUGAUCCACGCCGUUGAUUGGUUCCCCACUUUACUCAAGGCUGCUGGGAUUGCUAGCCACGAUGAAAAACUUGACGGCGUGGAUCAAUGGGACGCCAUCAAAUCGAUGACGAAAUCAAAGCGGACAGAGUUCGUUUAUAACCUCGAUUACCACCCGUUUCCACUACAAGGUCAAGCGGCUAUCAGACUCAAAGACUACAAGCUGAUUGAAGGAUUUCCUGGGACACACCAGUGCUGGUACCAACCUGACCACCCCUACCAGGGCCCCAACCUCACAUACACCGACUUCUUUUACCCCUCGGAGUGUUUGGUGUCGUGGGUGGAGGGGCAGAAGACUGACAAGUACCUGUUUAAUCUGAAAAGUAAACAUCUUCUUAUACAUUCUUAA